AUGGGGGUCCAAACUAAUAUGAGAAGGAGGAUUGGUCUUGUUUCUGGAGUACAAGUAGGUGAUAUUUUUUAUUACUGGGGUGAAAUGUGCUUAGUCGGUCUUCACAAACAAACGGUUGGCGGCAUUGAUUAUAUGACGACUGAUGAUGGCACAGUAGAACCUCUUGCAGCAAGUGUGCUUACAUCAGGACAAUACGAUGAUGAAACCGAAGAUCUUGAAUGCUUGAUUUAUUUUGGAUAUGGUGGAGCGGAUAAGAACAGUUUACCUCUUGAUCAAACUAUGGACAGAGGAAACCUUGCACUAGAUACCAGUAGAAGAAUAGGAAAUGACGUUAGAGUCAUCCGAGGCAGAGGCGACCCCAAUGAUGAAACUAGUAAGGUAUACAUUUACGAUGGUCUUUAUCUAGUUUCUGAGACGUAUCCUGUGAUCGGAAAAACCGGGCAUAAAGAGUUCAAGUUUCAAAUGGUGAGGAAACCAAACCAAUCUAGUUCUGGUUAUGCAAACUGGAAAUUAGCUGAAGAAUUGAGGACGCACGACCCGAGGCAGGGUUUUAUACUUCAAGAUCUUUCUUUUGGAAAAGAGGAUUUACGAGUGCCGCUGGUUAAUGAUGUAGAUGAAUACAUCACAUCUCAGGAUCACUCAAGAAUGAUGCUUGAUUUAAACAUCGAUCCCCAAGAACUUGGAUGUCGUAAUUGUCAUGGUCAGCCAUUGAUGUGA